GUCGUUUGUUUCUAGAUGGAGCGAACGUGUCUCGCGCGUCUCGAUCUUGCAAUGAAUUUGAAAAAAGAGCUCAAUAUUUAUUUUGUUUAGUUAUACGUACCGAACAUAAUUGUAACUAAAACGUAAGCAACGUCAAGAAAUUAUUGUUUGGCACAAAUUGCUGAUAAAUUUAGAAGAAAAACAAGAUACCAAAUACGCGCGGUCGCUACCAGUCUUCGCAUUCGUGAGUGCUUGUGAGUUGUUAAAGACUCGAAUUGCCACUUUGCAACACUGGGCUGCAAUGCAAACAAAAUGAACGGCAAAGAACAAUCAGCUGGUCGGGAAUUCAAGCGCAAUUCAAAUGCCUAUGCCAGUUUGCCAGCGACAACAAAAACAACAAUAAAAGAGAAACGGAAAGAGUCACUAAGAGAACCAGAAUGCUAUGGACUCUCGCACAGUUUGUCCAGUGAAUCGAUAAAACAAGCCUGCGACUAUUACGACGACGAGCCAAGCGAUGAAGACCUAAUUGAGAUACAUCAAACGCCACAGGGCUUUCAUCAUCAUCCUCGUCAGCAGCAUCAGCUUCAACCACAGCAGCAACAACAUCCGCUUAGCUUUAGCAUGCCGCUGGCUGAUGACGGUGAACGUAAUGCCUUGUGUGACGUCAGCCAAGAGGCGCCAUUGAGCACACCCAUCAAACCGUCGGCUACUGUGCCGGAUGAGGCGCUCAGUGUGCUGAAUGAGCUGGAUGCCAUAUUGGAUGUGCAUGGCGCAUCGCCGCUCAACGGCAGCAACCGCAUCUCUUCCUGCGGCACCAGUAGCGCUUCCUCGUCUUCCUCCGACGAUGAUAAAGUUGAGGAUUAUUUAAUGGACUUGGAUAAUUAUCUCGAGGAACUAGAUAAAGAGGAUCCAUUGGCCAUUGUUGGCCAUCCAAGCCUAAGCCGCGAGCCACGCACUCGCACGCUGCCGCUAAGUCGGAAGCGAAAGCAGCACAAACAGUCCGAUGAGGAAGUGCAUCCAGCCUUGGACAGCGAGUUCCAGCGUGGUCAUCAGAUGCGCAAAACCUUCAGUUGUGGUUUAACGCCAACGGGCACUAAAGCCACAUCAAAUACAUCACUAGAAGCAGGCAACGCUGCUGUUGCCCAGAUAGAUGUUUGGCGUCGCCAGUCAAUGCGACGAGCCAUUGAGAAUGACGACGCUGAAGCCAAAGCCGAGAAUGUGGAUGCGAACGCGAGUGCGGAAGAGGAUGAUGAGCAGCCUCCCACUCUGCUGGUGACUCUGCCAAGUCAGACAACAACGUCGGCGGCAUCGUCAACAUCGGAGAUGCGUCGCAGUUUCUCGCAGCCCGAAUCGUUGCCACAGCGUGAAGGAAGCGCUUUGCAGAUGCUCACGGAGGCGCACAUCUUUGAUAAUCUGCUGCAGAACGAGCAGCGGACGGCGCGUGCGGUCAGCGAGCAACUGGAGCAGCGACCACGCCAGUAUGGGCGACGCUUUGAGGGUCAUCCGUCCAUGAGUCCCGCUCGCAACAUGGGCCUCGUGUCGCCUUUGAGCCGUCCACAGAGCGCACCAGCGCAAACACAACGACGAGAGGCAGUGGCAGCGGCGGCGGAGACGCCAACGCAUGCCAUGAUGUCGCCGCUCUGCUCGGAAAUGAGCUCGGCACGCUCCUCGCGCAUCCCUAGCCCCGUUUCGCUGGUGAGCAGUGGCAGCGGCAGCAGCAGCGACAGCUCUACGGUUAGCACAGGGCCCGAACAGGAUCCAUUGGAGCUUGGUGGACAAACGCAGACGACAAUUUGCAGUGCCAGCAGCGGCGGCAGCAGCACAACGCCUCUGGAGCCGCAACUGUUGCGGGAGAAGUGCGGAUUCAAUAGUCAAUGGCCUCAUGCAGCCAGUCGCACCUUGGCGCUGAUGGGCUGCACUCUGGGCGUGUUUAACUUGUGCCGCUUUGCGGUGCUGACCAUCAACUAUGGUGGCAACUUUCUGCUGCAGUUCCUUCUGCUCUCGGUCAUCUUUGGUAUACCGCUCUUUUGGCUACAGAUGUGCUUGGGAGCCAAGAUCAAAUCGGGCCCCGUCUCGAUGUGGAAGAUUAGUCCAAUUUGCAGUGGCGUUGGCAUUGCUCUGGUCAUGGUGCAAUGCUUCUUGGCCAUCUACUCGACGGUGGCAGUUGGCUGGAUUCUUAUCUAUCUGCGCGAUGUUUUCCCAACGCCAUCGCGCAACGUCUAUCGCUGGCAGGAGUUGGCCUUUCCCUAUCGCUAUGAUGCCGUCAAUGAUACGGGGAAUCUCACGCACACGGUUGCCGAAUACUUUAAUAUUGUGGUACUGCAACGCCUGCAUCUGGCCAAGCAUCCAGACGCCACCGGCGGGCGCUUCCAUGUUAAUGAUCGGCAGUUGGCGUUCUACUUGGCCCUCAUCUGGGCGGCAGUCUUCUUGAUACUCUGCAAAGGCCUCAAAUCCCUCGGCAAAUUGGCGUUUCUCAUCAAUACGUUGCCAUUGAUCGCGCUUCUGGUUGUAACUGGCAAAUUUGUGAGCAUCGUGGAUCCGGCUAUUUUACAGGACGUGUUUGGCUCCAGUGAUUUCGAUGACUUUCUGGUGAACUCAAACACAUGGACAGCGGCCACACAGGAAACGUUCCUCACUUGGGGCCUGCUUGGUGCCUCGGUGAUAGCCAUAACCAGUCGAACGCAUGCCAAUGCCAGCAAAACGACGCUGCGACGAGAUGCCAUUCUGAUGGUUCUGCUAACGUUGCUGGGUCUCGGCUUGGCUGCUCUGCUGGCGCUGUGCUGUGCUCAGAUUUUGCGACAACACGGUUACGUUUAUGUGCCGGGAUCGUUUGAACGUCCAGAUUGUUAUACGUCCGUGUAUUCACUGCAAGCUCAAACGAAUCCACAACUUCUCUCCUAUCCACGUUCACUUGUGCCACACUAUUCAUCGUUCUUGGGCGAAACGUAUCGCAGAAACAAGACCAUAUUGCACAUCGAGAGUGGCUUUCAGGCGCUGCGCUUCAUUACGGAACUCUUUCCUGCCGUGCUCUCGCUCUCCAGCGAUGCCAUCUCAUGGGUUUGGGCUGCCGUCGCCUUUGCCAUGUUUGCUGGCUUUGGUCUUGCACAAUUGUGCGUCAUGUGGAAGCCCAUUUCGAGUGCGAUGGGCAAUUCGACCAGCUCCGUGCUGCUGAGCUGUGUCACUGGACUGCUGUUGAGCAUUCCAUUUGCCACGGAUAUGGGCAUUUCCAUAUUGUAUUAUGUGGACUUUUUGCUUGGCGGCUCCUGGUUUAUACCCAUCAUUUGGGCAGCUCAAAUUUUCGGUGUAUUCCUCAUUCGUGGACGACCUUAUAAUGGCGACGAUUUGGUCAACGAUCUGCGCAUGUGCGGCUCAAUGUCUGCGUUUCUGGCGCUCUCCUGGAACGUGCUGCUUCCCAUUGGAUUGAUCACUCUUUCGGUGAUUGACUAUAAAGCAUCGCUCUCCAAUCAAUUCUAUUACUGGCGCGGCAAGUCAUACUUUAGCUAUGCCAGCCGCAAAACGGGUAGCCUCAUACAAAUUGGGAUUGUACUCAUUAUUCCCGUAACGGCCAUCAUACAGAUCUAUCGAUAUUUGACACAAGGUCCACCCGACAUAUUAGAGCGCAUUCAGCUGCUGUAUCGCCCCCAGGAAGAGGGAACUGCACCGCGACGUCCUUCGGCGCGUCAGAGGUCAGCGCAGGAGCGACGAAACGCCACAAGCCAACAGCAAGAGAGUGGCCAUCAACAAGCUCAGAAUGAUGCACCGCCCAAGUACACGCCUCCGCCAUCCUACACAACUGCAACUGGCGCUCGCUUAGCCAAACUACUGCGCCAGAGCAUACGUCGCAGCGUGCGCAGAGUUCUUGGCGAUUCAUCGAGUCGAACACGACCAAUUCUAUCGUUGGAUGCCGAGUCACCUUCGCCAGUGGCACCGCCCGAUUAUCUCACUAUACUGACUAAUCCAUCUGGCUCUGGUUCUGGAUCUGGUGUGAAUGCAGCUUCAUCCGGAGGCAGCAGCAGUCCAGAGUCAAUUGAGAUUGGCCAACGGCCAGCUGGCUAUGCACAGCGUUCACAGUCACUAGGUCGCAAAUUGCAGCGACCCUCGUCGGCAUCUGGAUCAGCCAACUCGGGUGCCUCAGCCACAUUGGAGCGUGGCAGUUGUGGACCACAGCAGCAACGUCCAUACACGGCCGAGGAUGUGGUCACCAUACUGCGUUCCUCGGUACGUCAUCGACCGCAACCGCGACAAGCCGUUGGCAUGGCCACAACUCUACCACGUCCGCCAGCCAUGUCCACACACUUGGAGGAUGCCUCGUUCCGCUCCAUUGAGAAUCUGGUCUUGAAUGCCGAACCGCCGGAUCAGACGCCCGGUGUGGGUAGUGCGGAUGGAGGAGGAGAACAAGAGCAGUGUGGUCAAAACAAUAAUAAUACAUCUGUGAUUUAAUGACUAAAAUAUCGUACACAUAACGUAAUUCUAUUAAUGAUCACAUAUCUGCUUGCUUUCUUAGACUUGAUUAUCGCUAGUUAUAUACAAAUAUUACUUUUUAGCUUAUACCUAUAUACCGAAUAAUAUGUAAUAAUAAACAACUAUGUAAUUAGUAU